AUGUUAGGAGUCUCCAUCGACACCCCGCAGCGGGUGCGGCCUGCAAAGCUGCAGCGGCCCAAGCAGCAGCAGCAGCAGCAGCAGCCGCAGCGCCUGCACACUAAGCAGCAUCAGCAUGCUCUCUUCAUUCAGACCCGCAGGCAAGCUACAGCUGAGGCAGCAGCAGCAGCUGCAGCUGCAGCAGCAGCAGCAGCAGCAUCAAGCGACGAGCUGUCUAGCCGGUCAAGCUCGGCAACUCUCUACAUGCUCGCAAAUGAAGCAGCAGCAGCAGCAGCAGCAGCAACAGCAGCAACAGCAAGAACAGUAAAGACAGGGAAACUCGUUGCAGUCACCACAUACCCAGGCAGCCUAGAAGACCAUUUGCUGCUGCACUCAACGGACGGCAGCAGCAGCGGCAGCAACAGCAGCAGCAACAGCAACUACGGGGCCUCCCCCCUUAGAGGAAGCAGCGAAGAAGAUCUUACAAGCAACAGCAACCCCUGGAUACCCCCGCAGCAGCAGCAGCAGCAGCAGCAGCAGCAACAGCAGGACGAGGAGCUCAACGGAGACCGGCGGCAAUCGAGCAGCAGCAGCAGGAAGAGCUCGAAGCAGCAGCAACAAGAACAGGAGCAGCAGCAGGAUACCAAUCUGCAGUCUGACGAGCAACAGGAGCAGCAGCAGCAAGAUGCGGAGGAGCGUCUAGCCUCAACGGAUUCGCAGCAGCAGCAACAGCAGCAACAGGAUGCUUCCCCAAGCAGCAGCAGCAGCAGCAGCACCAAGGGGGGUCGUCUGAUAGUCCCAGAAGCUGCAUGUACACCUGACGGCCGCGAGAAGCGCCUCUGGCCUUCCUUAACUCUGUCUUUGCUGCCGCAUGUAGAUAAGCUCGAAGAACUUAACCGUCUUGCUGCAUUUGCUAACAGCGCAGCGCAGCUGCAGCGCUUUGCUGAGACUCCUAUAGAACACGUUAGUGCUGCUGCUGCUGCUCUCAAGCUGCAGCAGCAGCAGCAGCAGCAGCAACGCAAGAAAGCACCCGCACAUUGGACACUUGCAGACGGACUCCGAAAUAUAUGCAAUGGCCUGAAGUCGCAGGAGCCGACGCCGCUGCCGCCCAUUAAGCUCCCCGUCUUCCUUCCUGAGAGCCAGGAGUUGGAAGCAGCAGGAGCAGCAGCAGGAGCAGGAGGAGCAGCAGCAACAGCAGGGGAGCAGGCGACUAGCUGCAGCAGACAGAGCAGCAGAAACACCAGCUGCAGCAGCAACAGCAACAGGGCCUUAGAGGAGAGUCCCUUUGCUGAAGAGGUGUCUGUACACCUGAAAUCGGGAGGCAAAGGAAACGUCGUCGGCAUCAGCGCAGCCAAUAACCUUAUCGUGCGGCUCAAGGGUGGGGCGCACGUGGAGGUGCAGCCAUCGGAGUGCCGCUUCAUCGUGGGGGGCGUCCCAGUGCCCCAGCUGCAGCAGCAGCAGCAGCAGCAGCUACAGCAGCAGCAGCAGCAGAAGCAGCCACAGCAACUCCAGCAGCAGCAGCAGCAACAACAACAGCCAGGGUUUAAGCUGCCACCCCACAUGAAGGGAGUGGAGACGAUCCCAAGCGUCUCAGAGUUGUUGCAGAAGGCAGCAGCAGAAGCAAGCAGGACCCACAACACUGUGAUGCUUUCAGGUGAAAGAGAUAUCUCCCAGGUGGGUGAAGCUGGUUUCUGCUCUGCUGCACUCUGCAUGCAGCAGCAGCAGCAGCAGCAGCCUUUUAGAGCAUCGAAGCCGCAAACCAACACUUACGACCUCAUUAAGGCCCCAGGCAUCGUCCGGCCUCUCUACGAUAUCAUCUCUCCUCCCCGACCCGUGCCUCGUCCUUCCCCUCCUCUUCCUCAGCAGCAGCAGUUGUUGCAGCAACAGCAGCAUUUGCUGCAGCAGCAGCAGCAGCAGAAGCUGUUGCAACCGCCGCAGCAGCAGCAGGGGCUGUUAUACCCUGGAAAUUUUGCUGCACUUGGGGGUCCGGGUGUAGCAGCAGCAGCAGCAGCAGUAAAGGUAUCAAGAGAAAGUUGGUUUGAGGGUUUGCAGCAGCAAAUGAAGAGAGAAGAGCUGCAGCAAUACGCAGACACUGCGCCCCCUGCUUUUUCUUCUGCUCCUCCUCCUGCUUUCCUUCUCCCCGGAAGUACACAGCAAGCAUACACCAGACGAAAGGCCUCAGUCUUGAGGGAGGAGGCGGAGGCGCAGGCCUAUGCAAUGCCUCGUUAG